AUGGCGGACACGAACAAUUUGUUCGGAGACGAUUUUGACGCUAUUCUAGGUAUUUUGGAAGAAGAAGAAGAGCUGGAUGAACAGUUUAGAGAAGCUGCCGAUGAAGUAAGUAUUAUAUUCUUUCUUAGCGACCCAAAAUUUAGCGAAAAGCGCCGUACUUUGACAUUCAUCGUCUUUUAGCUCGAUGGACUGUCAUCGGGUAUCAUCGAUGCUGCUUUUUUGUAGCGACUUGUGUUAUAACUAAAUUCUUAUAACUAUGUGGCGUACUUUACUGACGAUGUAAUUAUUAAGCAUUUUCUUAUUUCCAUUAUCUAUGCUUAGAACUAGACUUUGUAGUAUCGUUUUAUGACUGAUUUCUCGACUGAAAGUUACUUUUGCUUACAACAGGUUCAACUCGAAGACAUUGUGUGCGAACUGUGCCACAAGAAAUGCAAAAGCAAGAGCGGACUGAAACGACACAAGACAGUUAAACACAGAGAUACGAGAGAAGAUGUUGAGAAGCAGAAAGAAGGAGGACAAGAAAGCUAUUUAACUUUUGUAGCUUACUCAAGAAUUGUAGAAAAAGCUAAACACAAGAUUGCUGACAACAAAAUUUAUCCAAAAACAAUCAGAGACGAGCUAAGAUGCUACACCCACAACAACGGUCUACAAGACAUACCAGCUGAAUUCUGCGACAUUGAAGACCUAUAUAAACGCUUGACAAAGUCUGGAAAUGCUGAAAGAUUUUAUUCUUGCUUCUACUCAACCAUAGCUCUGAAUGCAGUUAAGCAUUUUAAGGGAUUAUCAAGGAACGCUGCUACUCUCUACUGUCUACCAAGGUUGCUGAUUGUAUGUUGGCACACAGCAAGGAGAAAAUUGAAAGCACUUAUACUUGCGCCCCAUUAA